AUGACUUCUCUAUGUUGGUAGGUCCAUGCCAGAGGGCAAAGAUGAGUUUCAGAUCUUGGUGUCAGGUUGGAUUAUGUGUGUGUUUUCGUUUGUGGGAGCUGGGGUUCGUGGCAAGGCGGCAGAGUUCAUUUGUGGUGUUUGCUUGUUAUUUCUAUAGCGCUCUGGUUUUAAAUACAAAGGGUGACUUAGGAGAAUUGAAAUGCCUACAUUCUUUUGUGCUCGGUAUGUGGCUAUACACAGUCACAUAUAAAAGUGUAUGUAUGCCAAAUGGCAUUGCUAAUCAGGCAUCUCCCGGGUCUUAGGUCUCGGGGGCUUGCUUGGUGUGCACUUUCAUGGACUAUUCCAAAAUAAUUUAAUUUGUCACCUAUGUCCGUUGACUGUCAGGAUAAAUCAGCACUCCUUGACUAUUGGGACGAUUGUGAGAUAGUGCUCCUGAGAGCAAUGUAGUAUUGGAGAGUUUAAAUUAAUAGAGCUUGCUCAAAAUCUGAAUAUUUGGGUAAUUAAUGCUUCCUGUUGUGCUUGCCUGGAGAGUAUGGGAAAAGAGUUUUGUGUUUUCCUCCAUGCUCUCCACAGGGGAGGCUGCUUGAAUUUUAAGGCAAUCUGAGGGGCUCCUGCUUGUCAGUUUCUCUGCCUCAUGCUUGGCUUUCCCUCCUCUGUGAUUUAGGAAAGAAACCUCGAAUAUACAGAUCUUUUCUUGCAUGGCAAUGUUGCUGCUUGCCACUCUGGGCAAGGAGGAUCGUGUGCCGUCAGGGUCCCUGGCUCAGCAUGCUGAAGAAAGAGCACCUGGGAUCAGAGAUGUAAACCCGGAGGUGGAGAACAGACGACCCUGAGGAAGCUGCUGUUCCUGGAUGUGUUUUUAAGGGAGAGGGACUGGCUACGAUCUGAUCUCUGGGAUGCCACAAUCUUGAGCUGUAGGGAGAAGGUGGAUGCUCCUCAGAGAAACAAGAGAAAGUCGCUCUACAGUGAAGGCCCUCAGCUUCUUAACAAACUCCAAUUGCACAUAAUAGUCGGUGGCUGGGAAACUACAUCAAGGGCCAAAGGGAUCUGCACUCAGGUCUUUUUCCUACUCCUUCCUUCCCUCCCUCCCUUCGUCCAAUGACGGCUACAAGACAAGCUGAACUUCUCCCAGAUCUUUGCCAGAUAAUUGGAAAUAUUGUGCCUUUGCUUGGGAUGAUUUCAUCCUGAUGGGCCACUUCGACGGGAUGUACAAAACGUGACUUGGGUGAUGAGCACCCAAAUGGGGACUGACUUGAUGCACAGAGUUUACACAUGAAUCGCAAGGGAGCACUGAAAAGGAAGGAGCUCGUCCACAUCCUCAGAAGACUAAUUUAGAAGGAGAGAUCUCGAAAGUUAGGGCUGGUGGAUUUUGCUAAUAAUAAAAAUAAUAAAAUGCACACCUGCAGGUCCACAUACCUGCCUACCCUACAUAACGUCAGAAGAUUAUACCUGAUGCAAUGCAGCCCGGCAGCUGCGAUUGUUGUCUUUUGUGCUUUGCUAUGCAAUUCAAAUUCUCAAUAAAGUAGAAAGGAAAAUGUUCUUCCCUGGACAACACUAGAGCAUCAACAGUCAAAAAGGUAGGACUUGGAAAAUUUCUACUUUUUUUUUAAAAAAAAGACAAAUAAAUUGUGAUCUCUUAGGUAUUGAAUGUCUUAAAAUGUAAAUUUAUUUUCUUUGCCUCUAGGACUGUGAAUCUUAAAAACAAUGUGGAACAGUAUGAGGAGCUGAUUUCUGAAUCUACUUGUAAAGACAGAACUGACAUUUUAAAUUUUGGUAGCAGAAAGGGACAAAGUCUGAAAGAGUAUGUAUAUAAAAAUGUCCCGCCAAUGGAAGGGAUGGAAAAUUAA